UGUCUUCGCGUGCGCUGUUGGCUCGGACGUGCGAAGGAGCCCGUGAUCAUGCGCACUUUCCUCGCCGUCCGAGCCCUGGAGCGUCGCGAGCGAGAAGACCGCCGGCAGCAAGUCCAGCAACGAGGCCAAGAGCAACUCGACGCAGUGCGCGAGGAGCAGGAUCGAGUGAGAGAGGUCACUUUCGACUGGGCGGUGCUACUGGACGUACUGAGCCAUUUGGUCGCGCACUCGCUACUGGGCUCGUUCCAGGCGUUCGCCCCGCUCUCACAGCGCCUGAGCGCGGAGACGCAGCAGAGCAUGGACGCCAUAUUCGGUGACCAGUAUCGCGCGGUGCUACAGCGCGGGGAACUCCUGGGGAUCGACGCGGCGGCGCUGCAGCCCAGCUCGCGCUUUCGGUCCUGGGCUGCGAUGGUCCAGUGGAGCAAC